AUGCCAAGAAUAGUGGUACUAGGAGCGGGCGUUUCGGGCCUUACUACGGCCCUUCUACUUUCACGGAACAAGGAAAAUGAUAUCACAGUAAUUGCGAAGCAUAUGCCUGGCGACUAUGAUAUCGAAUAUGCCUCACCAUGGGCAGGAGCCAAUGUCUUGCCAAUGAAUUCCGAGAAAGACAGCCGCUGGGAGCGGCGUACAUUCCCUGAGCUGAAACGGUUGGCGGAAGAAGUUCCCGAAGCCGGGAUAAAUCUACUGAAGGUACGCUUGUUCCGGCGCACACCUGGCUCGGGAGACAAAGCAGCCCAGAACGCCCUGGACUCCAUCUUCGCCGAGGACCCAUGGUACAGCGAGAUGUUUGACGACUUCAGAACCUUGGGCAAGGACGAGCUGCCCGACGGCGUGGUGGCUUGCAACGAGUUCGGCUCCGUCUGCAUCAACCCUAUGCUGUACCUGCCCUGGCUCGUAGGCCAGUGCCGGGCCAACGGCGUCGCCUUCCACCGCGCCAACCUCGCCCACAUCUCCGAGGCCGCGGCGCGCCACCAUAGCGGGGCCAAGGCCGACCUGGUCGUCAACGCGACGGGCAUCAUGGCGCGCAAGCUGGGCGGCGUCAUGGACGCGGCGGUGCAGCCCGCCAGGGGCCAGGUCGUCGUCGUCCGCAACGAGCUCCCACUCAUGCUGGGCGCAACCCUGGCCGCCGGCGAAGACGCAAAGCACCCUGAUGAGUUGGUGUACUGCAUCACGCGGGCAGCUGGUGGAGGGACGGUCAUUGGUGGGUGCUACCAAAAGGGCAACUGGGAUCCUAACCCGGAUCCGAACCUGGCUGUGCGGAUCAUGUCCCGCAUGGUCGAGUUAUGUCCUGAGAUUGCGGAUGGGAAGGGCGUCGCUGGAUUGGAUAUCAUCCGCCACGGAGUUGGGCUGAGGCCGUACAGGGAGGGAGGCGUCAGGAUUGAGAAGGAGAGGUUAAGUGAUGGGACGUGGGUUGUGCACAAUUAUGGACAUGCAGGUUGGGGUUACCAGGGUUCUUAUGGCUGCGCCGAGUACGCGGUUGAGCUAGUCGACGAGGCUUUCAAGGGGAAGCCGGAGUUGUAA